UGAGUCUACGCAGUUUAAGGACAGCGCCUAAGAAGUUAUGUGAGAUCGUUACCAGGAGCAAUGGGCCGUAACCUUAAGCCAUUGCAGAACCUCUAACGCAGGCAACAUUAUCCGCGCAAGAAAACUUCUCCAAAACAAAAUUAUGGAGCUCUCUUUCUCCGUCGUCGUAGUCGUCUUCGUUGCUGGAGUUCACUGCCAAACUGGCGGAGACACAGGUAGUUGUAAAACAGCGUUUCUUCGAGUAACAUCGUGUUUGUUGUGACCGGCCGACCAACCGACGACGAGCGAGCGCGAUUUCAGUAUAGCCAUUUCCAGAGAGAGGUCGAGCAACAACCUACCACGGUGCUCCAUCUCCUCCGAAACCAUACCAAACCGAACCGAGUGCGCGCUCAAACCAAAGAAGAACCAAUCUAUCGAAUCAUUCUGUGGUGGAGGAGGCUUAUUGCAACAUCAGCCCGACCCGACCCGAAUUUGGCGAAUCGAAUUACAUAAUUGUUUUGCGCUAGCGAUGCAAAACCAAUUUAUUUCAAUGUAAUUAUCGGAUCGCCCUCGAUUUUAAGUUAAUUAAGAAGUGAUCUGCGAAUCCGUACACAAAUUUGCGAGUGACGAGAAAAAAAAAAGUGAGUGUCAUCAAGACGUCGUGAUUCUUGUGGUUAACCGUUGAGACCAGUGCGCUGCAGCUACAACAGUAGGUACGACCCACUGCUGAUUUAUGUGACCAUGAAGAAUUCUACCACCGACCGGUGCAGUUGCAGUUGGGAUUGGAUUGGGUAAAUGUAGUGCAGCAGUACGAUUAAGUGCAACAUAAAUCGCAACCACCAGGUGUACCGUCCUUCGAUAGACCUAGCUGGAUCGCUAGAACAUCCAGCCCGAGGCAAAUUAAAACAGACCACUGCCAACCUAAACGACAAACAGUAAGACAAUAAGCCCAAAUCUCCGCAACCCGCGAGCCUAGAUGGUGUUGCGCAAACCCGACAAACAGGUGUCGCCCCGUGUAGGAACCGAACUUCCUCGCAGUUUUCCACGCAAUGUCCUCCAAACCCGCGACGCCGCUCGAGCAGCGGCGCGCUUUUCCGGGCGAAAGCGACAGCACCCGUAUCCCGGUGCUUUCGCCGACCCCUUUUCGCCGGUCGUACUCCUUGCGGAUGCGCACUAGCCGGAGCUUCCAUGACUACCAACAUUACCGCGAGUGGGAGUGCGACUGUGGUGGUGCAAAUAUGCAUCAUCCAGCGAAUUUGUCCGGUCCGUCGUCGUCGUCGUCCAGCGUAAAAGUGAAAAAUUCCCUCGCCAAUGGGGGCAAAUCGAUCAGCGGUAGUUGCUGCCAGCAGCGGGCCGCCACAGUGGAGCCUUUCGGAGCGGCGAAGCCGGUCGUCGGCAGCAAGGAUACGUCCCCGUCGGCUGGCUGCAGUGUCAGUGCUUUGCUACCCAAUGGCGUAAUAGGACACGGCCAUAAUGCAUACAGCGCGACGUCACCGAACUCCGGGCAGAAAACUUCGUCCUCGCAGUCCACCCGCAAGAAUAGCCUGCAGAAAAAUGACCGGGGAAUGUCUUUGAAUCUAAUGGGCUCUGGACACAGCGCCAGUUGUAAUAGCGCACAGCGAUCACCUCGUAGACCACACACCCCCUGUGAGUCGGUAUCCACUCCAGGACACGGUCACGGACUACACAAGAGCAGCCUGAGCCCAAAGACACCUCCGGUCUCACCGGAAUCGCCGGCCACCAGCUAUUUGGAUGACGAUUUGGACUCUCUGCACAGCUACAGUUCGGUGGCCAGUGGAAUGUCGUGCGACCAUCCGUACGUAGCCCGGAAUGGCACCACGUUCAGUGGUCGCAAGAUGAAAUACGUAGUGCACUGCUCGAGUCAUGCUGGCCAAACGGGCGAGGAUUACCUGACGCCGACGCAGCGGGCCCAGCGCCAGAUCAGACGACUGAAGGAACUGCUCUCGCAGGCCCGCAUGGACCUGGAGCAGCGUGAUAGCGAAAUCCUAAGACUUACCAAAGAGGUUGUUGAACUGCGGCUCUUCAAGGCGUCGCUCAGUUCCCCGGAGGAACGUUCGGCUUCCAGUGAUGCAGUAACGGUGCGGGAAAACACCACCAAUGACGCAAACACGCCCAGUUCGCAGGGGAUUUCACCGAUCGUGGAUCAGACGGACGAGUGCGUCAAGGCCAGCCCACGGCACCAUCUGCACAAUCAUGGCAUCCACCAGGUGCAGUUCAUGGACAAGAUGUCCACUUCGGAGAUGGCCAGCUCGUUUGCCGAUUCGGGUCACUUCGAGGACAUUACCACCUCGUCGAUCCACUCGAAAGAUUCGUACGUGCACACGCAGGAUCGUGCUUGCGGAAGCGAUGACGAAAUUGAUGCCGAAAAGCAACGACUGGUCGAGAUGUACGAGGCGCGCAUCGAAGAGCUGGUCAAGCAGCACCAGGCCGAUGAACAGCAGAUCCGGAUGUCCAACAACGAUCGGGUUGAGGCGUUGUUGCAGAAGCUGGCCGAAUCGAACAGUAGAUACUGUGAUCUGGUUCCCGACUACGAGCAGGCAAAGGAGCGCAUCCGAGAGCUCGAGAAGCAACUGGAGGAGCUCCACUCGCAGCUCCAAGAGCAGGAAGGCAAGGCCAACAAGAUGUAUCUGCACAUGUACGCCAAAGGUCAGGAAGCCGAACGGCAGCAGCACGCCGACCGGGUCAUCGAUAUGGCCCGCCAGUCGCCGAGUCGCGUAUCGGUGCCGGAACUGAUGCAGCAACUCCAGGUCACCCAGGAAGAGUUGGAGAACAUACGGGACACAAGCUAUCAGCCAGAGGGCGGAACCUCACAGGUUUUACUGAGCGCAAAAGAAGCAAUCUCGCUGUGGCUUUUGGGCGCCCGGAAGACCAUGUACAAGCGGCUGAUAGACGCCCAGCAGGUGAAGAACAAGGUUGACCCGGAGGUAACGCUGCAGUUCCUGAAGAGCGCCAUCUACUAUUUCCUGACGGACAAGGAAAACUCCCAGGGGCAUCUGAAUGCGAUCGAAAGCAUUCUAGGAUUCUCGGAAACGGAAAAGUCCAACAUCGACAAGGCGCGAGCUUACAAGUGAAAUGACACUGCAUGAUAAACGUAUAUACGGCAAGAGAACAAAAUAUGACUAACUGUUAUUUAACUAGAUAAAAAAAAAAAAUGUUUGCAAUUAUGACUACUUACAACUUACGAAAAACAAAAGGAGAACAGCAUAGCUCUAAACGCGAGUCUAUAGAAUAUUUAUGAAAAGAUGAACACAGGAAAGGUUAGGCAGCAAGUUCGACGAGAGAAGCGUAUUUUUAGAACAAGAAAUGUGAUCGUUACUAACUUUUGUUGUUGUUCAAGUUGUUUCUAGGACCGUAUUGUUUUAAACUUUAGUUCCUUUUUAAUAUUUAUUCAGCAUUCCACCAAACGAAUCAUUCGGUUUAAACUUAUUUCGAUGGUUUUAAAUAUCUGCUAUCCAUUCCUCACGGUAAAAGUUCUAUAAGUGCAACAACGUCGCAAGCACGGUCCGCGACGUUCAUUUGACAUCGAUCGAUUGAAAUAUGUUGCAGCUAUCGAACAUCUACUGUACAGUCUAUAUGUUUACGUGGUAGGUGUUUUACAGAACUGGUUCUAGGUUCAUUUAGUUUUUUGGGGUCCUUUUCGCUGAAACGCCUAUUAUGGACCUGUGAACGCCUUUAUUCGUUUGACAUUUGAGCGAUUCCGUAUCCACAAAAUGAACUUGCCUUCAUUGACUUUUAAACUGUCUGAUACUCACAGAAAUUUGCAGGAAGCAUAAUUUUCUUGCAUAAAUGUGUUCACAUUGUUAAUGAAUCGAUGAACUUUUUCCAUGGUAAUGAAUCACCGAUCAAUGCCCAACGCAAUCAUGGUUCAUUAGCAUGAAUAAGGCUUCAAUUCGUCAGUAUAGCAAAGGUUAUUAUCGGUGGUUCGUUUUAGAAUACCCAGAACUUCCCAAGUGUCAAAUGCACAGGUCCAAGACUCAACGAAAGUAUUAUAGAGUUUAAAAAGCAGUUGUUGGAUGAGCACGCUUUCAUAGGAAACUUGUAAGAAUGAUACCACAGAAAUUAGCAAACAUUCCAAAGCAAAACAAAACAAAAAAUCAUAUAUUUUUCUCAUCGAAAAUACAUUGCUUCAAAUACCACUCAGAGUAGAUGACAAACAGAUUCGUCCAUAAUAAAAAUAUUAGCUUUCAUACUGAAUCAACAACCUCACAAGCAAACAGUUGUCUCAAAGUUUCAAAAAGAAGAUUUUCUGGACAAAUUGCUUACAAUAGCUAGGCGCGCUACUUUUCAAGAAUUCUGUUACCAUACAAGCAUAGUUAGCUGCAAGUUCUGAAUUUCAAAAUCAUCUUUUACGUUCGAAUCAUCGGUGCAGUUUUAAUAGUGCCUAAUUUCAAAAACAUUGAAAAUUAAACACUAAAUAUGAAACAACACAUUAGAUGGCUAGAAUUCCACCUACUUAAUUAAUCACUUUCCAAAAAGUUUGAUCAAACGUUUCAAAUAAGCAUAAAAUUAAGCUAAGAAAAAGCAUGAAGACAAAACAAGAAAGAAGUAGUGCUGGCAAACCCCAAGGAACGUAAAUCAAAAGAAACGGAAAGCAAAAAUACAAGAGUAGAAAAGUUACUGCAGGAACGUGCAGUCAGAGAAAUAGUAAGCGCGCUGAAAGGCUAAUCAGUGUUGGUUGUUGUUACCGGAAGAAGUGCAACUUUGUUCGAUAAUGCUGCGUAUAAACACAAAUACACAAAACCACAUCACAACACACACCAAAAUAAGCAGACACAAACACACGAUAGGACAAUGAAAGUUGAAAAAUUUAAUCUUAA